AUGGCGAGCACUCCCCAGCACACCGUAGUAAUCCAGGCUGCUCCGCAACCGAUCGCUGUGCGGCCAGAAGUCGGCUGUUGCCACAAAGCGAGCCUAUGCUGUUGUCGUUGUUAUCUCGGAGUCAGCGUUUUCCUUUCCGUUUCACUUUUUGUUGCUGGCGGGGUGCUUGCAUACGUGUAUAGAGGAGAUAUCCGUGGUGACCCGGUUUAUGAAAACCGCGUUAUGUGGGGGUAUGUAGGAGUCGCUUUGCUCGGUGUUGGCACGAUCAUGCUUAUUAUCGCCAUUAUCAAUGCAUCAUGUGUGUGCUGCCUCACUCCAAACAAACGAAUUGUCCAACCCAAUGCCUUCACUGUUGCCCAGCAACCACAAGUUUGCGUUCCGCCACCGCGACCUCCGCCUCCAGGCGUAGCGUCCCCGGCCGCUCAGAUGCCAUCUAUUCCUCCUACUUGCCCGCCAGAAGCCAAGGCACCACCGCUUGAUAGUGCUCCUCCACCCUACAAAACCGUAGAGGAAUUUAAAGGUUACUAA